AUGGAAACAAUAAAAUCCUUCUUUGUCAUAGCAACUGAUGGUGAUGUACAUGGCGAAAAUUCCACAAUUCUCAAGCAAAAUCUGUGGAGGAAUUUCAGCGCCUCAAUGGGAUUCCGUGGAGAAAUAGAACCCGAAUUCCUCAGUACAAUUAGUAUUUUGUGGCUCAGAGCUCAGCCACCGACUGCGCAGGAGCAUUUUGCCAUGGGAUUGGCGUACACUUGUAUGAUGAUUCUUGGAGUGACUGGAAAUUCUCUCGUGAUUUACAUGUUCUACCGAUGCCGGACACUGAGGACUCCUGCAAACACCCUCGUGAUUAAUCUGGCUCUCAGUGAUUUGGGAAUGAUGGCCAAGAUUCCUGUUGUGAUCUACAACAGCUUUCAUUACGGACCGGCUCUCGGUUCUCUCGCUUGUCAGCUUUAUGGCUUCAUUGGCGGAUUAACUGGGACAGUUUCCAUUGCGACACUUACAGCCAUCGCCUUUGAGAGAUACCGCGUCAUUGUGUAUCCACUGAGUAGUCAACGUUCUGCCAGUCAUCAGCGAAUUAUCAUCGGUUUCGUGUGGUGCUUUGCACUGUUCUUCUCGGGAAUUCCACUCCUGGACAUCGGAAUGGGCCGAUAUGUGCCUGAAGGCUACAUCACCUGCUGCAGCUUUGACUACUUAAGCGCUUCCGUGCGGACGAAGAUCUUCCUUGUGGUGUUCUUCAUCUGUGCAUGGUGCGUUCCAUUCCUAACCAUCGCUUUCUGCUAUCUGCAAAUCCUUCGCGCUGUGGCAUUCACCAAUCGUCUGCAGUGCACGAAGAAUUGUAGCAAGAUUGAGAUGAAACUGGCCGCGGUGGUUUUCGGUGUCAUCGCGCUCUGGUUCAUCGCGUGGACUCCGUACGCAGUUGUUGCUCUUCUGGGCAUAUCAAAGUUUCGCUAUUUGCUUACUCCCUUCAAUUCCAUGCUGCCCGCAUUUUUCUGCAAGGCUGCCGCCUGCCUCAAUCCCUACUUUUACGCUCUGACGCAUCCGAGAUUUCGCCACGAGAUCCGCAGGAUGUUCAAUGAAGCAGGCAGAAAGGGGACACUGAAGUAUGUGACAUCCUUUUCGCGCUUCGCCACAAGAAGACGCACCAUCAGGGAGGCAUUCGACUCAGAAGAUGCUGGCGAGAGACGAGCAGAAGCUGCUGAAUAG